CACCGGUCGGACUUGUUUGGAUUUGGGGCCUCUCUCGUGGGCCGGCCUGACUCGUCUCCAGUCGACGCGCUCCGUGCCGCCGCCGCCGCCGCCGCCGUCGCGGCCGAGUUAUACACUCCCCACCUGUGGAGCGCACCGCUCGUCGUUUUCGACGCACUACCGGGGCGCGUCUUACUCGCCGCUGGGGCUACGCCGCGGGCUGGCGCCGGUCUACUUUUAGUUCUCCCACGAACUCCGAGGGCGAGCCCACGCCGCGGCGCGGGCGAAAGUGAGCGUACUCCGCGCUGGUGUCGACCGUGACCGAGUGACGGCUACGGCGGACAGAGCAGCGUGUGGGGCGGACAGAGAGGGCUGCGGAAGCCCCGGGAAGUCCGUGACGCAGCCAGAGGCACCUGACCGCCCCGAUACGUGCAGAGUGGAUAGUCAGUUGAGCCGCGUCCGCUGACAUUGCAGCAGCGCAGCAGUGCAGCCAGCGACCUUCGGUGAAAUGACUGUGAAUUUAGCGUUCCCUGCAGUGUCACGCAGUGUCGCUGCGUAGUCGGUUGUGAACGGACUAACGCACCGCAGCACAAGUUGCAAGCAUGCCGAAGAAGCGUUACAACCCGUACGCGGUGGCGUCGACGGAGACCCAGCUGGAGCGUCUGGUGAACGACCAGGCCCCGCACAGUGACGGCACCGGUAACCCGUACCUGAUCACCGGGCACGCCCUCUCCACGCUGGGUCAGGCCUACGACCCGUAUCGGGUCAAACCGCUGAAACCGUUCGAUGUUGAGGAGGAGAGCGGUAGCACUGUGAAGGAGGAGCUGUGCUCCUGCCGCUGGAUCGACCGUGGAGAUAUCGUGGAUGAGGCGGACUACCUUUUCCAGCUGGGCAAGAGGAAUGUUCAGCCGAUGAACGAGCGCGGCUCGGGUCUGCGCGCUCGCGGUGAGGUGCAGGACUUUGAGAAGCUGCGCGCCGAGUGUCGCCGCUCCGGCCGGCUGUUCGAGGACCCCGAGUUUCCGGCCACAGACUGCUCCAUCUUCUUCUCUCGCACGCCGCCGCGGCCCUUCGAGUGGAAACGGCCUCACGAAAUCUGCAGCAACCCGAAGUUCAUCUUGAAAGGCGCUUCUCGGUUUGAUGUCCAACAGGGAGAACUAGGCGACUGCUGGCUUCUGGCCGCUGUGGCCAACAUCACACUGAACCAGGAGCUGUUUGCGCAGAUCGUGCCCAGCGACCAGGAGAUGGACGACCAGUACGCCGGCAUCUUCCACUUCAGGUUCUGGCAGUACGGCCGGUGGGUGGACGUGGUGGUCGAUGACCGUCUCCCCACCUACCACGGCCAGCUGGCCUUCAUGCACUCGCAGGACAACAGGGAGUUCUGGUCGGCUCUCCUCGAGAAGGCAUACGCCAAACUGCACGGAUCGUACGAGGCCUUGAAGGGCGGCACCACCUGUGAGGCCAUGGAGGAUUUCAGCGGCGGAGUCACCGAGAUGUACGACAUUGAACAGGCCCCAGAGAACCUGUUCCAGAUCAUGCUGAAGGCCAACCAGCGACAGUCGCUCAUGAGCUGCUCCAUCGAGCCGGACCCGUACGUGGCAGAGGCGGAAAUGUCGAACGGCCUCAUCAAGGGCCACGCCUACUCGGUGACCAAGGCCUGUCUGGCCGAUAUCGAGACGCCUCGGGUCCAGGGCAAAAUACCCAUGGUGCGCAUCAGAAACCCGUGGGGGAACGAGGCAGAGUGGAAGGGCGCCUUCUCGGACAAGUCUCCGGAGUGGAACUAUAUUCCGGAGGAGACCCGGAGGGAACUCGGACUAACGUUCGAUGCCGAUGGAGAAUUCUGGAUGACAUUCAAGGACUUCACCCGAAACUUCCAGCGCCUGGAAAUCUGUAACCUGAGCCCGGACAGCCUGGACGACGAUGAAGACGACGCCUCCCGGCGCUGGGAGAUGUCCGUGUUCGAGGGUGCCUGGGUGCGCGGCGCCACCGCCGGCGGCUGCAGAAACUACAUCAACACGUUCGCGCACAACCCCCAGUACCGGAUCCAGCUUCACGACGUCGACGAAGACGACGAGGAGCGCAAGUGCACCGUGAUUAUCGCCGUGAUGCAGAAGAACCGGCGCGCCCAGCGGCGGCUCGGACUCGAUUGCCUCACCAUCGGCUUCUCCAUCUAUCACCUGAAUGAUCCGGACAGCGCGCCCAAGCCUUUGGACACCCAGUUCUUCCGGUACAACUGUUCGGUGGCGCGUGCACCGAGCUUCAUCAACCUGCGCGAGGUGUCGUGCCGCUUCAAGCUGCCUCCGGGUAGCUACUGCAUCGUGCCGAGCACCUUCGAGCCGAACGAAGAGGGAGAAUUUCUCAUCCGUAUCUUCUCCGAGAAGCGCAACAACAUGGAGGAGAACGACGAGGAAGUCGGCCCCGGACAGGUCUCCGAUGAGAUCACGCCGGAGCUGAGCCAGGAGUCCGAGUACGACCGCGCCGUGCGGCAGUUCUUCACACAAAUCGCCGGAGAUAACCUCGAGGUCGACUGGCGAGAGCUCAAGGAGGUGCUCGACUACGCCCUGAAGAAAGAGUUCGAGUUUGACGGGUUCAGUAAGGACACUGUUCGCUCCAUGGUCGCUCUGCUGGACGUCGACAACUCGGGACAGCUCGGUUUGGAGGAGUUCAAAUCGCUCUGGAGCAGCAUCCGCCUGUGGAAGUCGGUCUUCAAGAAGCACGACCGCUCGGGCUCGUCGUACCUGAGCGGCUUCCAGCUACGGGCGGCGCUAAACGAGUCCGGCUACCGGGUCAACAACAACAUGCUCAACCUGCUGAUGCACAGAUACGGUGACAGAGAAGGAAGGGUGGCCUUCGACGACUUCAUGGCCUGUGCCGUGAAGAUGAAGACAUGCAUCGAAAUCUUCAAAGACAAAGACCCGAGACAAACAAACAAGGCGACGUUCUCUCUGGAGGACUGGAUGGAACACAACAUGUACUCAUAAAUGGAGAAAGUCGUCUGAUCUCCCUGUCGUCGUACUUCGAGAUCGGUGGCUCGGGCUCUGUCACAAAAAGUCGGGCCGGUUGAACACUGCAAUUGAUUAGAAUUGGAGCAGUUGUUCUCAUUCUCGUGCAAAGAUGCAGAGGGGAAUGGUGAAUAGUGUCGUGCAAUGAGUGUCGCCUUCUUUCAUACUGGUGUGAUUUACUGACUGCUUUUACUUAGAAGACGGCAAGCUAGACUGGUGUACAACACCUUGAUGUGAUGUUUCAAGUGAUCGUGUCGUACUGAAGCUAUUCUAAAUUUCAAAUAUCGGAAUUAUGGACGUUCAUAAUUAUAGUCCUUAUUCUAAGUUGUGAAUGUCGGCUCUACAGUCUACAGUGUGAUGUGUGGUUCCGGGUUAUUUUUGCGUUUUAUCUCUUUUAAAAUGAAUUCAAAAGUUUAGGCCAUACAUGCACUUAUAUGUCACAUGUGUGGUUCCGUAAUUGUAGUUGUUCCGGGUCUAAAAGUCUGAAUCGAUUUUAUUGCAUUCGCGAUUUUACCGCUUUAAUGUCAAAGGGCCGAGAUAGGUCGCAUCCAUGGGUGGAAUAGGUGUACAUAUUUUCAGAUUUAUUACGAAAUAGGUUUUGAGACGAUGUGUGUGCCCAAUGCCAGUGCUUGAAAUACUGCUUUUGUGCCAAAGUUUGCCGUGCUUCUAGAUACUUUACAGCGCCAUUAACAAGUAGAAAUGUACACAGAUGUGGAACGAAGCUUGCCGGUGCCGCUUUGCGUAGUCAACAGUCUGCGAUGAGCGUGGAAAAGGAAGGGGGAAAUGAUGGAUGGGUCCCUAUUUUGUGAAUGCUCUAAUACCAGUAGGAGUAGGCACUAGCUGAUAAAGUCUGUAAAUGAUUAUAGCGAUUAGCGAAGACAAUGACAAACAUCGGUCAGCUUUGAUGCUCUGUUUAUAAUUUUCGAAUUUAUUUCUGCGUGACAGGUGUGUGUAGUUAAUUACGAAAGUUUUUAAAGAAGAAUAAAGUCGGCUUUGGUAAAAUAAGAUACAAAUCGCGAUUGGUAACUUAGUUAAAGAGCAACUGUAUUGCAUGUUUUAGUGCGGUUCUGUCGAGUGCUUAUGGCCGUCUUCAGUCUUUCUUUUUGCGGCUUUCGCAAAAGCGCCUACGUUCGUGAUUCGUGAUGCUUUGCCUGCUGUUUGUCGUGGAUCAUUGGCCGGGCUGCAGGCGCUAUCAAUCGCUGGCAUAUCUUUGAAAUAUACCUACAUUAUUGAUA